UAACCGAACACGCGAAAAUGCUCAACUGAUGACCAAUGUCUCUUGUUAGGGUCGCCAAAACGUACCCGUCGGCAACAAUUGUUAUAUUCAACAUUAAACCCACUACGACUAAAAAAAAAACUGCAAUAAAAACAGUACUAAAAUGAUGAUAUGAUGAGCUGAGUGGAUUCAUCACAGCACGAUGGGUAAAGGUCAGCAAGGUCAGAGUUCAACUCAGAUCAACUUAGAUGACACCUACUCCUGGGAUGAUGUGAAGGAACACAGCAGUAAGACAGACAAGUGGGUGGUGAUUGAGAAUGGGGUUUAUGACGUCUCAAAGUGGGUGACUAGACACCCAGGAGGGUUCAAGGUUCUGUCUCAUUAUGCUGGGGAGGAUGCAACGGAUGCUUUUGUGGCGUUCCAUCCAGACAAGACCAAAGUCAAGAAGUACCUGAAGCCUCUUCGUAUCGGGUUUCUGUCUCCGGAGUCAUCAACCAAGAGUGAAAUAGUAAGUGACAUGCGCAGUCUCCGCACCCAGGCUGAGGAGAUGGGUCUCUUUAAACCUAGAAUGGGGUUCUACGCUGCUCACCUAGCCCACAUCCUUGCUCUAGAGGUCCUAGGAUGGAUGGUGCUAUGGUACUACGGAACAGGAUGGUCACCUUAUUUACUAGCCGCUGCAAUUCUCACAACUUCACAGGCCCAAUCCGGAUGGUUUCAGCAUGACUUGGGGCACUUGUCCGUCUUUAGCCAAUCUCGCUGGAAUCACUGGCUGCAUAACUUUGUCAUCGGAGGAUUAAAAGCAGCUUCAGCUCACUGGUGGAACUACCGGCAUUUCCAGCACCACGCUAAACCUAACAUUGUCAAGAAGGAUCCAGACAUCACGAUGCCGUACCUCUUUCUGUUUGGGGAGAAGAUGCCGAUCAAGUGGGCCUCUCAGAAGAGGGGAUUCAUGCCGUACAACUACCAGCAGGGAUAUUUCUUCCUGAUUGGUCCGCCCCUCCUGCUACCCAUCUACUUUCACACCGAGAACCUGUAUCACGUAAUCACUAAAAGAAUAUGGACGGAUCUUGCAUGGACUGUUUUCUUCUUUGUGCGUUGGUUCUACUUUUAUGGACCCCUCCUUGGUGGACUCGGUGCACUUGGUCUUUAUAUGUUUGUGAGGUUUCUUGAGAGUCAUUGGUUCGUGUGGGUGACCCAGAUGAACCAUAUACCCAUGGAGGUAGACAAUGAUACCCAGAAAGACUGGCUGUCUCUGCAGCUACACGCCACCUGCAACGUCGAACCCUCCGCUUUCAACGAUUGGUUCACCGGACAUCUCAACUUCCAGAUUGAGCACCAUCUGUUCCCCACCAUGCCCAGACACAACUUCGCAAAGAUAGCACCCCAUGUCAAGUCCCUGUGUAUUAAACACGGUCUCAGCUACCAGACUAAGACAUUACUCGGUGCCUUCGCUGAUAUUGUGCGGUCCCUCAAGAAUUCUGGUCAGCUUUGGUAUGACGCUUACCACCACACCUAGACAAGUUUGUGAGAGUGGAAUGUUGCUAAAAACGACUUGUCCGCAAUUCAGAUUAUUUGGGUUUACCAAUUUCGUGGGUUGGUCAAAAGAAAUAACUGAAAAAUCGAAACUCAAUUGCAAUGUGCCAAGUAGUUAUUGUUUACUCUGGUCACUUUUUGUAUUUAUACAAAAAUAACUAGAAAUUCUAAAAUACGUAGCAAAUCUGAUAAACAGAAAACUGAAGAACGGUGUGCAAAGUUGUGUGUGUUUGGUCAUAACCUCUUCUGUUUAAGCUACAAAGUUGCAUACUGCAAUACCUCAAUAAGUUGAGAUUUGAGGUGGGUGGUUCAAAGCAAUUUCAAAAACAAAAUUUAAUUUUUAAAACAUUGUCCUGCAAAUUCUCUUACCUAUUCACAUUAUGAAAUUGACGAGUGAUAGUUUAUGAUUAAUCAAAUUGGUGCCUUUUUAUGGUUAAAGGAACACGUUGCCUUGGAUCGGUCGAGUUGGUCUUUGAAAAGCGCUUGUAACCGUUUGUUA